AUGUACUUUAAUGAGGCUGAAGUUGAUGUGAAGUGUUCAUGUGCACUGUUCGAAAUGAGAGGGAUAUUGUGUAGACAUGCAUUAGCCAUUAUGAGAGUUAACAAAGUGAAAAAGGUGCCAGAAAAAUAUAUAUUAGAUCAAUGGAGAAAUGACAUUAAAAGGAUAUACACUCUUAUACGAAGUACUUAUGACUCAAUUGAUGCGAGGCCAAAAGUGAGCAGGUACUCACGUAUAUUGAAGGUAUGCUAUGACGUUGCCACAAAUGCAGCAUCAUGUGAUGAGCAUGCUGAUGAUAUGAUAGAUAAGUUACAUGCAAUGAACCUCGUCUACCACACCAAGAAGUCACCCCGACGACCCUUGGAAAAUGUUGCAUAUACAAUUGUCAAUGCACCUACAACUGGGAGUUUGAAGAAAGUCUUGAGUCCCCUUGUAGUCAGAGGCAAAGGGAGACCACCAUGCCUUAGGAAAAAAUCAAUGAUUGAGAGAGUCAAACCGACAAAGAAGAAGGCUACUCAAAAGGGAAAACGUAAACAUGUCAAUCCGCAUGGAAGAGAUAUCGACAGGGUUGACACGUGCUUGAACUUAUUUGGGCAAACAGUUGUCAGGACUCAAGAGAGUGUUGUCUUUGAUCCUCCUCAAAACACUUCCAAAGAGUUGGACUUUGGUGAAACCCAACUUGGGGAUGGCACAUAUGAAGCUUUGGAUGAGACGGAAGAUCAUGGACACGUGCAAGAAUAA